UUUUACAAUAUAAUUAAUAUUUGUUUGAGGGAUUUCUGUAUGAGGGUAGUAGUAAUAUAAGUUCAUGAUAGCAUCUUGCUUCGAUCGUGCACGUUGUAUGGGUGAUUGUUGUCAAGCAGUGACUGCAAAUACAACAGAAUCUGAAAAAGCAGAAUUGUUAAAAGAUGAAGGUAAAACGCUACAAGCAUGCCAAGCGCACCAUGAUGUUCUACAAGAACAAUUUCAGCAUCACUCCACCAUUUCAUGUUCUUGUAGAUGGUACCUUUUGCAAAGCUGCUUUGAAGUUUCAAGUCAAUAUUCAAGACCAGCUGCCUAAGUAUUUGGGUGGAGAGGUGCGACUCUACACUACUCGGUGCUGCUUAAAUGAGUGUGAGGCAUUUGGUAGCCUGCUAUAUGGCCCACUCAAAGUGCUACAACAGUACAAUGUUGCCAAAUGUAAUCAUCGUCCCCCUGUUGGGCCUCCUCAGUGUCUAGCCAAGGUACUAGCAAAGUCCCAGCUUGCCUUGACAAAGUCACAGUCAUCAUCAUCAUCAUCAUCACCAUCAAAGAAUGCUCAAGAUACGGAUCAUAAACGCUACUUGUUGGCUACCCAGGAUCCAGAGCUUAGCGAAAUAUCUCGCAGUAUGGUGGCUGUUCCUCUCCUCUACAUUUCUUUUAAUGCCAUUAACCUGGAGUCACCGUCAGACUCAACAAAAUUGGCAGCUUCUAAUGCUCCUGACCCAACCCUCCAGCAAGAAAGGCUGAAGGAACUUUUGAAGAAGGAAAAUCUCUUGCCAGAAGAGAAGAAAAAGAAAAAGAAAAAAAUUAAGGGACCUAAUCCUUUGUCCUGCAAGAAGAAAAAGAAGCCCACAGUAACACAGAACAACUCCAUCACAGGCAAGAAGUCCAGACAUAAAAAGAAGAUAAGUGGCAAACUUAAGAUUGAGCAGGCUCAGAGGAUUAAAGCAAUACAGAGGAUAGAGGCAGGAGCUGGGGACACCAGCUGAAUGUGUUGUGUAACUAUUUCAUUUUUAUUGGUAUGUUUUUGUUUUGAAAUGGCAGUUUUAUGGUUAAGCGUGUGUGUAAAAUUCUGUUAAUUUUGAGGAGAGAAAGUGAAAUAUCUGUGUAGAUUACUUUGGUGCUGAAGAAUAAAACUGAGAAAACUGUA